AUGGCAGAGUCGCAGACGUCGUCGCAUCCGCCCACGCCGCUGCAUAGCAGUGCCGUCGAUCAAGAACAUGCGCCCAGCGUCCCGUCUCCGUUAAACCCAGCGACCUCGCGUGCCGCAUCCCGAACGCCUGUGCCUGCGUCUACACCCAUUCAGCGGGAACAGCGCGAAAAGAAAGAGUCACUGAAGAAGCGCGAGAUGAACGACACCAAAGGCUCCUCGUCGACUGCGAGUACAUUGGGAAAGCGCAAGUCCAACACUGUCCACACAUAUCCAUCACCGCAGCGGUUCAACCUCCCGAACCCCAAACCCCAGGACUUUGAAGAGCCGAAGGAAGACAGCAUGGUUGCACACGAGCCUUUCCCGCUCACAAUGCCUCUUAGUGAGAGGCAAUUGUACAAGCCGGUAGAUUUGGCGGAAAACAAGAAGGGAUAUAGAUACUCGAGAGCUAUUGCAGACCCCGGCUUCCCACACAAGCAGUUCUAUCGAUCGACCUCUCCUCCACCACACUACGCACGGCUGAGCUUCGAGGAUGCGGAUAAGUGGAUGCACUUCACCACGAAUGCUCUAAUCACGACCAACGAGAAGGGCUGGCGAAUGGUGCGGUCGAACGUGUGUGCCAGGGAGGGAACGCUGUAUUACGAGCUCAAGGUCCACAAGGGUGUCCCAGCAGAAGGUCCAGAUCCUAGUGCGAAUGGUCCUCAGCCACACGUCAGAUUCGGCUGGGCACGAAGAGAGGCUCCCUUGGAUGGCCCGGUUGGUUUCGACGGCUACAGCUACGGCGUUACCGACCAGCGAUUCGAAACAAUGCACCGAAGUCGUCCUGGCAAGUUCUUCCAUCCGAAGAAGUCCAAGUCCAAAUCAGCCAAGGCUGCAAUCGCAGCGCCAACGCAGGUCACUCUGGCACCCGAGGAUCAAGACGUCAAGGAAGGCGAUGUGAUUGGUGUUGAGAUCCAACUUCCCUCUCUCACCCUGCACCAAAAGAUCGUCACCGGCGUAUACAAUCCCGCUGCGGACUUUGGCGAUGGCUUCGAUCAAACUACGAGCGAACCCCUAGACGAGCCCAUGGAUGUGAUCCGAGAUCGGAUACCUGUCUCGUAUAAGAGCAAUUGCUACUUCGAAGUGCUGGACCACGUAUCAUCACGGCCAAUGGACAUCUACGCAGACCGCACCACCAAUCUCAGCUCCCUCCCCACGACGCAAGGCAUCGGCGCCACGAAAGAACCCCUCAAAGCACCCCCAAAUCCCAAUCACGAGCACCCACCCCUUCGAACGUUACCCCACAGCGCCAUGCGUGUGUACAAAAACGGCAAACUCAUCGGCACAGCCUUCGAGAACCUACUCUCCUUCCUCCCGCCCGCGAGUGCACCUAGCAAGACCAUGGGCGCGAGGGAAGGUUUCGACGACGGACUCGUGGGCUACUUCCCCGCCAUCUCCUGCUUCUUCGGCGGCAUCGCAGAGGUCAACUUCGGCGACGGUCCCCACGGUUUCUGGUGCCCGCCUGCUCAUCUCAAAAGCACCAAGACGAAGAAAGGCGCGGACGUGGAGAUGCAGAAUUCCUCCUCUUCGGCAGGAGGGAUUGUGGGAUAUAACCCUGGCAGGACAUUGCGAGGGAUCGGGGAGAGGUAUCGAGAGCAGGUUGCGGAAGAUAUUGUGUGGGAUCUCAUCGAUGAGGUGGAUUUCUUCAUGCAGGAUGGGGGCUUUGGGGGCACGGUGGGGAGCGGCGCCGUGGGUGGGGUGAGUGGGAAGAGCAGUCGAUUGAAGGAGGAAGAUUGA